AAACGUCAGCUCCAAGGCGGUUGGUGAGUGAGACUUUGAAUUUCCUACUAUCAACAAGCUUCAGUAAUUCUAUCCUCCACCAACAAUUCUCACAUCUACCCACUCACUCAAGCUGUCUGUCUAUCGAGAAAAAGAACACAGGAGACAAUCGCAUAGUAAGAUUGUCUGUAACACGAUAGUUGCAGAGCUACACCGAUAGCGCAAGCAAGCGAACGAUAACUCGCAAUUUCAAUCGCAACUCAUCCAACGGGCCAUUUCCCAGUCUAUUCAAUAUGACCGCCGGCCUAAAAACAAUAAUUUCCCUCUCCUUCGUGCUCGCCCUCGGAUUCCUCCUCGUAAUCCUCUCUUGCGCACUCUUCCACCAAUACCUGCCCCUCCUUGUCGUCCUCACAUUUAUUCUCGCUCCUCUCCCCAAUUUCCUCGCAUCCCGCUGUUCUUCCCCCGAUGACUUCUCCGAUUCUUCCUCUUCUGGAGUUCUCGAUCUCGGUCGUUUCGCAACGGGUUUCUUGUGUAUGAUGGGUGUAGCUCUUCCAGCGGUGUUGGCGCAUAGUCAUAUUAUUACUGUGCCGGCGAUGUUCAUGAGCAUUAUUGGCGGUGUGCUGAUUUAUGGCACGAUCAUUAGUUUUGGAAUGUUUUUCCAGGAGGAGGCUGAGUUCUAGGAGAGUGUAGGAAAGGGAGGAGAGGAUGAUGUAGGGGCAGAUGUUUUGGGGUUAGGGACGGAGGAAUGGGAAGUGUAUGGAUAUAUAGGAGUUCAAGCGGAUGCGGAGAUUGGACCUUUCGUGGAAGAAAGAGAUAAUGAUGAUGACAAGAGAAAGUUGCGACCAAUAUGUAAAAAAGACGAGGAGCACAAUAUAGCCAUGGCGACGAUGGAGGGAUGAGGUCUCUUGAGGAUGACUUGGCCCUUCAAUUCAUGGUAGAGAGUUCACACCAAAGUGUGUCUUCGAGCACUUGGCCUUCGAUUUAAGAUUUAAAGUAAAGAAUAACACAUGCGAAUGAUUAAUGGAAUAAGAUAACGUUAUGUGUAUGGAAUCUAAAGCGGUGAAAGAAAUGAAACGACGAUGAGCAAACCAUUCAGAAUGAGUCCAAAUGUACCAUAUAGCAGUUAUUAUCAGGCCAUAUGGGGCGGGCGGCAAGAGAAGAAGGAAAUUUAUCUAAACAUCCUUAAAUUAUCGCAAUUGUAGAACCA